AUGUUUGGAGGUUGGGAAUACCUUACAAAUUUAGACCACCAUUACAAUGGGAGAAUUUACUUGUCUUGGAGGUCGGAUUACUAUCAGGUUGGUCUGGUCACUGGUUCUGCUCAAAGUAUUACAUGUAUUGUUAGGGAUAAAGUAUCCCAAUUGGAGUUUCAGUUGACAAUUGUAUACGGGUUCAACACCAAAGAGGAGAGAAGGGAGUUAUGGAGUCAGUUGGAGAGCCUAAGUGCGGGAGUCACAAUACCAUGGUUUAUUAUGGAAGACUUUAACUCGGUACUACAUACAGAUGAUAGAGUUGGUGGCACACCAGUAAGUUUGAGUGAAGUUGUGGAUUUUCAGGCGUGUGUCGAUGUUUGCGAGUUGAUUGAGUUACCACAUGGAGGAAAUAAGUAUACUUGGAAUGAUAAGCAUGGAGAUAGUAGAAUCUUUUCCAAAAUAGAUUGGGCGUUUGUUAAUAGAGAAUGGUUGGAUAAUAUGCCCGUGGUUAAUGCCAAUUUCCUAGUAGAGGGGAUAAGUGAUCAUUGCCCAUUGAAAAUUGCAAAAGAAGGGGGUAAUAACAGAUCUAAGAAACCCUUCAAAUACUGUAAUGUCUGGGCAAAACACCCUCAGUUCCUAGAUACUGUUAAGCAAGUCUGGCAAGCACCUGUGGAGGGGUGUUAUAUGAUGCAAGUGGUUAAGAAACUCAAACAGCUGAAGCAGAGUCUCAAGAGCCUACACAAACAACACUUUCGGAAUAUACUUGUUGAGGUUGAGGAAGAUAGGGCAUCUUUAACACAAGCGCAGAGGAACUUACAUCAGAACCCAUCUGAUAUCACAUUGCAAAAUCAAGAGAGGCAACUAUACCAGCAGUUUAGGAAGUCAUCGUACCUAGCUGAGAUUUUCUUGCAACAAAGAAGUAAGGCAAAUUGGAUAAGAUUGGGAGAUGAUAACACAAAGUAUUUUUACUCUAUAAUCAAGCACAAAAGGCUACAGCAAGCUACUACUCAAAUUCAAGAUAAGAAUGGAGUUUUGCAGACUGAUGGGCAAGCUAUAACACGUGUGUUUGUGGAUUAUUAUGAGGAAUUGCUGGGCAGGAAGGAGCAGAAUAGAAUCAAAGCAUUCGGUAGUUUUUUAACAAUGGACGCACACUCUCAAUAG